CACCAACUGAAGAAGCCUUUCGUCCCACUUUUCUAGUCGCCUAUUACGCUGGUAUAAAGCCGUCCCUGUACAUGUUAACUGGCAGAAGCUGCUACCAAGCAAAAGUAGAGCCCUUGUUUUUCCGAUCUAUUCUUUCCGCAAUUACAUCUGCCGAGGAUACGAUACGUCCAAGGUUUUUUAUUCCGCAGCUCGAUCUCGAUCUUCUCUCCUUGCUCUGAACAUCACUCGUUCUGCGCACCAACUCGCCCAACAUGCUGUCUCGAAGCAUAGCCGUCGUCUCUCGCAUGGCGCCCAUGCGCCAUUUGCGCCCUUCUCCUGUCUUCCGCCAGGGACUUCCCAGCCUUGUCCGGUACUAUGCGGACAAGAUCAUCCAGGUGCCGCCCAUGGCUGAGUCCAUAUCCGAGGGCACUCUCAAGCAGUUCUCCAAAUCCAUUGGCGACUACGUCGAGCAGGACGAGGAGAUUGCCACCAUUGAGACCGACAAGAUCGAUGUCGCCGUCAACGCAACAGAAGCUGGUGUUAUCAAGGAGUUCUUCGUCAGCGAGGAGGACACCGUGACGGUCGGCCAGGACUUGGUCCGUGUUGAGAUUGGCGGCGAGAAGCCUGCAGAGUCAGAGAAGCCCAAGGAGGAAUCCGCCCCUUCCCCUUCAGAGUCAAAAGAGUCAAAACCUGCCGCCGAGCCAGAGCAGCCCAAGUCUGAGCCCGCCAAAAGCGAGAAGCCAGCUCCCCCGCCUCAACCCAAGGAGCAGCCCGAGAAGAAGAGCCAGCCCGAACCCGCUGCGGCGUCAAAAUCUGAGCCGGCAGCUGGAAACCGCGAGGAGCGUCGGGUCAAAAUGAACCGUAUGCGACUCCGUAUCGCCGAGCGUCUCAAGCAGUCUCAGAACACCGCAGCAUCACUGACGACAUUCAACGAGGUCGACAUGUCCAACAUUAUGGAGUUCCGAAAACUCUACAAGGAUGAGAUGCUGAAGAAGACUGGCGUGAAGCUGGGCUUCAUGAGCGCCUUCUCCCGCGCUGCUGUGUUGGCGAUGCGAGACAUCCCCGCAGUCAAUGCAUCCAUCGAGGGCCCCAAUGGUGGCGACACCAUUGUCUACCGCGACUAUGUCGACAUCAGCGUUGCCGUUGCUACGGAGAAGGGUCUGGUUACCCCCGUUGUGCGAAAUGUUGAGUCACUGGAUAUGAUCAGCAUCGAGAAGGCUAUUGCCGAUAUGGGCAAGAAGGCUCGCGAUGGCAAGCUCACGAUUGAGGAUAUGGCUGGUGGAACCUUCACCAUCAGCAACGGCGGCGUGUUUGGAUCUCUCAUGGGCACCCCGAUUAUCAACCUGCCUCAAAGCGCCGUCCUGGGUCUCCACGCCAUCAAGGAUCGCGCCGUGGCGGUUAAUGGAAAGGUGGAGGUUCGGCCAAUGAUGUACUUGGCCCUGACGUAUGACCACCGUCUUCUUGACGGAAGGGAAGCCGUCCAGUUCCUGGUCAAGAUCAAAGAGUACAUCGAGGAUCCCAGGAAAAUGCUACUAUAGGAGCUUUCACAAGCACAGUUAUACAUGACACGUGGUUAGGUGACUUUACUUUUCCUCUGAUAUCUACGGUUGCUUGUCCUCGGUGUUAUUUUGUUGCUAUAGAAUGUACAAUUAUAUAGCUUGCUUUUUAAAUAAAGUAUAAGCUUAAUACUGUUAAUACUUUAUUAUUUUUUCUUCUGAAAAAACAUAUUCUUUAUACAAGGAAAAUUCAAGCCAUGGAGUUCAAUGAUGUACUACGGUGUAGAGCUACAUUAUAUUGUAUGUUUGUUGUAUAUAAAGC